AUGCUUUCUCUCAAGCACCAGCUUAUUUGGGGCGCAUCUGAAGCGUUCCGGACUAUAGUGCCAGAACCACAGCACCGAAUACCAAUCAAAUGGAGUACUGCAGUAUAUCCUGUCCUUUGCUAUGCACCAUUUGUUUUUCUGGCAUAUCUAACACGGAGACCUGACACCUAUACCAUUCGUCUCCUCAUGCUGCCAAGUGUCAUUACGUCGAUACUUGUUGCUGCAUACCGGUUUACAUGGACAAUACCUGAACUCAAUGUUUAUAAUUGGGGUCAAUGUUUAUUUGCAGCUGUUGCUAUUGCUAAAUCUCUCGAAUUUGCCCUCAAUAAAGAGGGAAUGUUGAAGGUUGGCGAAAGUCGUCCUGGAGUCAAGAAGGGAAAGGCUAAGGACACUCUGAAUGGAACUGUAAAUGGGUACGCAAUCGAGUCUGCCGGACAUCCAUACGUUGCCACCUGGUUCUACGAUGCAAUGGAAGUCGCACACACACUUCGAGGCCUCCAGUGGAAAUUCGGCCAGGGAGUACAUAUUCCCAAGCAUACACGUCCGCUCGAGCGCUCGGCUUUCCUCAAGGCAACUUUAGACUCCUUUAUCAAAAAUUUCCUCGUACUCGACUUUUUGGAAUCUCUACUGAAGCUUUUUCCUGGCGUCGGUGAACCACUGGGAGGAAGCAUGUUUUAUCCAGAACUCGCACCAGUUGCUCGAUACACUGUUUCUACAAUAAUUCACCUUCUUACCGGAUCAGCACUACUUUCUGGGUUUGGCAUGGUCUACGACCUUAUCACUCUCAUUGCUGUAGGCCUUAUGGACGGAUCACCUCUUUCCUGGCCUCCUGUCAUGGAAAACCCAUGGAUCUCUGAAUCCAUGCACGAAUUUUGGGCUAAAAGGUGGCAUCAGCUGCUGCGGCAAACAUUCCUCGUAUUCGGUGGAUACCCAGGUAAGUGGCUGGCAGGGAACGUCGGAAUGUUAUUUGGUGCUUUCAUUGCAUCCGGUUUGUUCCACGAAUGCGCCAUGUACUCUAUGGGCAGGGGGUUUGAUCAUUUUCCGACGUUGUUCUUUGCCAUGCAAGGUCCCAUCUUGAUCAUUGAACGGUUAUGGAGGCGGUUCACUGGCAAAAAGGUUGGCGGGUGGCCAGGUCGUCUAUGGGUCUACUUUGAUAUGUUCAUUCUCGCCCAACCUAUGAUUAAUGCAUGGCACCGACGUGGAUUGGGGGGAGGAUUAGUUAUCCCUCCUAUCUUGAGCCCCACUAGACUCAUCGUCCUGCCUCUCGUAAAAUCGAUAUUGCACCUUAUACAAUCUUGA